CGAGCGAGGGAGUGGAGGAGAGAAUGAUAGUGUCCCAGCAGAGAGUAGGAGCCUUUCUCUCACACACAUUCACGGCUCCCCCCGUUUCUACUUCGUGGAAUAGCGGAUUACUUUCGAACCCGAAUCCGUGGCAAAGUGAACCCAGGCAUGAACAGGUGGCAGAGUGUCGGCGAGGUGCUGAAGUGUGAGGUCAAGCAUGGCGGGCUGCACCGCGCCAGUCACUAGCCGAGCCAGCGUCCACACAACCAGCAGCAGCAGCAGCAGCAGGCGAAGCAGUAGCCCCGGAGGAGCCCGCGUCAUGCAGCUGGGCCACCAGUAGCGCCGAGUGGACCACCGAUCCCGCCCCCUUCACCCGGAGCCAGAGCUGCAGAAUGCUCAGUCCUGUCACCCCAUACAGUCUGUUGAAGAUGCACUGGUCUCCGGAGCACACCGCCCCCUUAUCUCAGUGGCCUGAGCAGCACCUGGACGUCACCUCCACCACCUCGCCCCCGUCUGCCCACAAACACGACCCCUACGCCCCAGCCGCCCGCCGCAGCUUCGCCCCUGCAGGUUACCCCUGGGCCAGCGACGACAUAUCAGCCCUGACUGCCUCCUCUCUGCUCAAACGCUAUGCUGAGAAGUACUCGGGCCUGGAGCUGCCCUACGAGCGACCCGCCGCGGGAGCCUACUCGGAGCCGGGGGCUUUCCUGAAGAGUGAAUCUGAGCCUUGGACUUUAGGCCAGGGCGUGGACUGUUACCCCGGGCUGGAGGCGUUGACUGGGGCAAAGGUGGGCUCGGCCUCUGUGGGCAUCCCAGCAACAGGGAGUGUAACGGUCGUGAGCAGCAACUUGUCCUCUGAGCCGGGCUACAGCGGCGCCGGCUCCUGCAACGCCCCGCCAUCUCAGGAAUACCCUCCUGCCUACAACAGCACAUACCUGUCCUCAGGAUACUGCCCUCAGCCCAGCGCAGCACUCCCCCCCGCCUCUCUACACUCUUUACAGGCACCCACCCUAGUUCCCAGCUACAGCACCAGCACUCCUGUCUACAACUACCCGCCAGGAUGCUACCCCCAAACCAGCCUGUCCUCGGCGUACGGCCACCCCACUGCCUCCUACCUGCCUUCUGGGAUAAGUGCCCCGACUCCCCUGACCCCCAGGCCCACAAUGGUGGGAGGAAGUUACACUUACCCAAGUCACAACCUCGGAGGCGGCGCCGAACCGGGGGUCUCUCUGAAGCGCAAGGCUUUCGAGAUGACGGAGGAAGGACAGGAGGGACAAGAGGUGGAGGGGUCGCGCUACAGGAAGUACGGCAACGGCCACGGAAACAGUCACGGCAAAGGCCACGGCAACGGGCACGGCAACGGCUACGACGGCUCCGACCCGCAGGCCUACAAGCCGGGGAAGCCCCUGAUGUCGCCCCCGUACGGCGGCGCCGGGAGCUACAGCCCGCCCUCAGGCCUGGCGGGGGAGAGCGGAUCAGGGGAGGGCAACUUUGCUCAGCAGCCAAGAAUGACUGUGAAGAUCCCUGCAUCGCAUACACGGUCGGAGGACCCGGCCGGAAGCCGCUGAGGAGCCGCUCAGCAUCGCUCUGUGGCGCCAAGCAGGGGUUCUAAUCCACACAGACCGGGGGCAGUAACAUUUGUCACUGACAGACUCAAGUGGGCACAAUACAUUUAUUUCCUGUUUAUCCUAAACACAAGCUUUUCCAAAGAUUCGCAAGAGCAUUUAGUCGCGUAGAGCUGAGGUGGAGGCAUUAAUUGCAUCCAGACAGUCUAAAUGAACCAGUGUCUGUCUCUCUCAGGAUCCUAUUUAUUACAUUUCUGCCACUGUGGCAGCAGCACUGCGACGUUGCCGAGAAGACGCUGGUGCAAUUACCUGUGGCCCUCAUCUAAGUAAAACUGCAAUAUUGUUCCUCAGCGCCACAGAAAUCCUCACUGACCAAAAAAGUAUGGAGAGCAGUAGCUCAAAUGGGGAGAUUGACUAUUGUACUAGUUCAGCACAAUCACUGCUGCUCCACACGGCUCCCAGCGAGGCUCCGUGUGGCGCUCGGCCUUAAGAUGAAUGUUUCCCCGCCUUUUGUUUUCCCCAUUUAUUUCAGUUUCCUCCUGGUUUUGUCUGUCCUCCUUUAUCUGAUCCCCGUCUCCUGUCCUCAACCCGUUCACUGCUGAACAACUGUUGUUUAUACUGUACAUACCAAGCUGCUUAUCAACCGAUGACCUGACCGUACACACGAAGCCAAACCUUGUUUGACGUAUAGUGAGAGUAGAGAAAUAGUCCGAGAUACUGAGGCUGUUUAAAAUCACUGACCAUCUACACAGAGACACAGCAUGAUGUUUACAUCCUAACAGCAGGUAUGUUUUAUAAAGAAUAUGUAAACACUGCCUGCUGCAGCUUUGUCUGUACUACUCAAAAUAUUAUAAGAAAAAGUGACUAUACAAAGUUACAAACGUACCAAGGCGAAUAAAGAGCGAACGGUGGUGAAUCUCAGUACACAUUCACCGUCUGAAGGCUCGCAAGCCUAACAACUCUGCCCAGAGUGAGGCUGAAGUGGGUUCAAAGAGAGAUGUUAUGCUUCUGCGUGGGUGGUAUUGUUUUUUUUUUUGUCUCAAAUAUAACAUUCUUCAUGAAAAUGUACCUGCUUGUCUUCUAGGAUUUGCUUUUUAUAUGCAUUUUGCCUGAAAUGGAUGCUUUUAUAGUUGUGUUAUUGAAUACUCAGGAAGAAUAUUGUUACCUCAGAAUGAGAAAAUAAGAAUGUAUGUUAUUACCUAAGGGUGUUAGUGGGGAGCUUUAUGGCGAGGUGAUAACAAAGCCAUGGCUUUGUCCAAGAGCAAACGAUCCUCUGAACGCUUCAGGGAAUAAAUGAACUUAUAAGGCCUUUGAUACUGCGAGUAGAACACACACACACACACACACACACACACACACACACACACACACACACACACACACACACACACACACACACACACACACACACAAAC